GGGACACACCACCGCUACCCCCCACCAAUGAGCACACCACAUCCCCUCCCAUCCAUUUAACUAGAAGCUGGAGCUCAUAACACCAUCAUAUCCAUGCAGAGCAGCAGACACUGCUCACACACUGAGGCUCUGACCACCUGAAGCCCUCACCUGUGCCCACAGGAAUACCGCAGGAGACCCCGUCUCUACUGCAUGGACUAUCUGCUCUGCUCUACACUUUGGUGGAUUUAACUUCAUUUGGCAUGGAAAGAAUCCCCAGUGCCCAGCCUCCCCCUGCUUGUCUGGAGAGAUCUACCUCCUUGUCUGGGAUGGAUUUUUCCCACAUGUAUCCGGUUUUCAAAAACAGGAAAGGUCUGAAGCGAUGCGAGGAUGGCAAGGAAACUUACAAGCUCCCUCACCGACUUAUUGAGAAAAAAAGACGCGAUAGGAUUAAUGAAUGUAUUUCCCAACUGAAAGACCUGCUGCCGGAGCACCUCAAGCUGACGACACUGGGACAUCUUGAGAAAGCUGUGGUCCUGGAACUGACCCUUAAACAUGUGCAGUCCUUAUCGAACCUGAUCGAGCAGCAACAGCAGCAGAUCCUAACACUUCAGAAGGGUGGGUCACCCCUAAGCAGCAAAUCCUCAGAAGAGAUGUUUCGCUCAGGGUUCCAGCUGUGUGCAGAAGAAGCUUUAAGAUUCCUGCAAGGAGGAGAGACGCGUGAACUUGUAGCUCAUCUUCAUCGCGUGGCCUCCGAUUUCAGCCACAGUCCCUCCAGAGUUGCCAAACUGGAUGAAAAACCCAGUCCUAAGGCUCAGGCCACCAACUGCGUCCCUGUGAUUUGCCGCGCUGCACCCCUCCAAUCCGGAGAGCAGAGUGGCACCGACACAGACACUGACAGUGGGUAUGGAGGAGAAGUGGAAAAGGCAGAUUCCCAUCAGGAACAAGGUGGCGUCAUUAAGGAAGACUCCUCUGGAUCCCCCACCCUAGACAGGGUCAUCAAGCAGGAACAUGAGGAAAUUCCAAAAAAGAGGCCCAGACUGGAGACCACAGAUGGUGACUCCAGAUUCUGCAACAAUGACCUUUCUUCAGUGGGGUCUUACCCUUCUCAUCCACCCUUUUGCUUCCCCUUUUAUUUGAUACCCCCUACACCCUCUGCCUAUUUGCCCAUGCUGGAAAAAUGUUGGUACCCAGGAUCUAUGCCUAUGUUGUAUCCCAACUUAUCCCAGUCCGGACUGCUGAGUCAGGAUAGCGUCCCCCAAGUUCACUCUCCAGCAAUGUCAUCCAUGGACUCCUCUGCCUUACUGCAAGCACUUAAACAGGUACCCACCGUGGGUGCAGACCCCAAAGACUGAGGAUGGAGGAGAAGAAAAAAAAACUCUGCUUGUACUACUAUUGCAAAAAACCAUUCUGGGCCCCCUUCCAGUAUGAGACUCCGCUAAAGAAACUGGGGUCCACCAGGAUGAAACUCUGAAUGGUGGCGACCACCUCUUUGGGAUGAGGACCCUUUGAGUGAACAUGGUAUUAAAGGUUGUCCACCAGGAAGAGAAGACAGUCUUGUGCCAAGGCUGUGGAAUUACAAGACGUGUGGCGGUAGCUUAGUCCAACAAAUGUGGCAGAACUGGGAGACGAUGGACAGGUCCGGCCCAUCCCGGUUAAACCAAGACCUUGAAAAUGUAAAGGAACCUUUUUGCAGCACUGAAGAUAAAAGGGCUUCAUGAACUUGUUCAGCGCCUACGACCUGCCAGCCCUUGCUUCACUUGCCCCACAGGAUGGGGAUGGAGGCUCCAGUACAUAGCACUUUAUAUUAGUAUAUUAGAUCUGCUUCCUCUCCUGCUGGAUUCUUGCCCAGUUUCCGGGCUUAAGGGGAGAAUGUCGUCAAGAAAUAAAAAAAAAGUUAUUUUUGAGAAAAAAAUAAAAUAAAAAGUUUAUUUGA